AUGGCGGAUCCGCCGCCCGUGGCCGCCUCCGCGUCGCCGGCGCAGCCCGACCAGCUCACCGCCGCGGCCUCCGUCUCCACCCCGCAGAACCCCAACCCCAACCCCCUCCUCUCCCCCCAAAUCCCCCCGUCCCCGACCGUCUCCGACCUCUCCGCGCACAUCUCGUCCCCGCAGCAGCUCGACCCGGCGGCCGCGGCCGCCUCGGGGGGCGGAGGAUCCAUGGACUACCCGCCGCGGCCGCCCCAGCUGCAGGCGCCGUCGCCCACGCAGGCGGGGGCCGGCGCUGGGGGGUUCGGCCAGAUCCACCGCUCGGGGUCGACCUCCCGCCUCUCCACCGCCAGCCAGCUCCCGCAGUACGCCGCCAUGGCGGCUAGGAUGUACGGCGCUCAGAUGAGCUUCUCGGGCGGCGGAGGACUGGUGGGCCAGCAGCAACAGCAGCAGCUGGCGGGGCGUGCGCCCAUGCUUGGGCAGGGGCAGCUGGGGAUGCUGCAAGGCCAGGGAAACGCGGCAUCCGCGGCACAUUUUGGGCUCCAGUCACAGAUGAUGGCGCAGGCAAGGCAAAAGGGCAUGGUACAAGGUACACAAUUGAAUAAUGCUAAUACAGCUCAAGUGCUGCAAGGGAUGCAGCCCAUGGGAGUCAUGGGUACUAUGGGGAUGAGUCAGAUGAGACCAAAUGGAACUAUCCCCUAUGGUGCCCAACAACGGUUUGCCCAUGCACAAAUGAGACCUCAAGCAUCUCAACAAGCUGCACUAUCUCCUCAGAAAGUAGCUGGUCAAGGCUUGUCGAGAACAGCGUCAAUUACAGCAUUAAAUUCACAACUGCCUGGAUCAUCGCAAAAUGGACAGAUGGUGGCAAUGUCCAUGCCUCAGCAACAGCAACAGCAGCAGUGGUUGAAGCAAAUGCAAUCAUCCAUGAGCUCACCAGUUUCUCCACAGCAACAAUUUCAGCACCAACAAAGACUCAUGUUAAUGCAGCAACUUCAGCAGAAAACGGGAUUGAGCCAACAGCAACUUGCACAAGUCCAACAGCAGCAUCCACAUCUCAAUGCCCAACAACUGAUUCAGCAGCAACAUUUUCUCCAGCAGUUUCAGCAGCAGCAGCAGUCACUACAAUCUCCAAGGGUUUCAGCGUCUGGUUCGCAGAAGUCUGCGAACCAUACAGGAUCACAGCCAGGUACACCUUUGUCCGGUGGAACUAUGACUGGUGGAAGUGCAAGCCAGGGAGCUGAAGGAACUAGCCAACUUCUUGGGAAAAGGAAGAUACAAGAUCUGGUUGCACAGAUAGAUCCCCUAGGCAGGCUUGACCCUGAGGUGGAAGAUCUACUUUUAGAAAUGGCUGAUGACUUCAUUGACUCGGUGACUGCAUUUGCGUGCACCUUAGCAAAACAUAGGAAAUCAUCGGUUGUGGAAGCAAAGGAUGUGUUGCUGCACUUAGAACAAAAUUGGCAUUUGUCUGUUCCUGGAUUCUCAAGGGAGGAUAAGAAUCCUCAAAGAAACUCUGUAAAGCCAUCAGUAGAUCCGCAACAACCAGAAAGUGAUGCUGCUGGUGUUAGAGGCCCAGGCAAUAAGCUUAUUGCUAAUAACUCGGUUGGCAACCAUCAAAUAAGACCUCCGAUUGCGGAGCCUUCAGCAAUGCCAACAAUGGGACCCCUGUCGAAGGCUCCCCGCUUUUAGGUGUUAAUGCUGCUCUCCCAUCGAAGGAAAAUUUCCUUUUUCAGGACAAUCUACAUGGAAACAGCCGUAGGCUCUAACACAAGGAUUGCUAGCAAAUGGAAGCACAAAUAAAUCCACGAGCAUCUGUGGCAAACCACAGAUGCCUGUGUACUUACAGGAAAGCAGUUGCUGACUGACCGAUCGUCUCCGACGGACCCUCUACCUGGGUCGACUGUGACUUUGUUCCUUUUCUUUUUCUUUUUUGUGCCUGUAAAUGCCCCCGUCCGUUGUAUAUAAAUGUUUUUGCUACGGGGCAUUAUCGUCUCCAGUUUUGACGUUGCUAUGUAGGUGAACAUAUAUUUGAGUGAGCACAACUUAAAAUCAGUGACGUGUAUUCGAUUUCAUUUUUUGUUA